CCGUGUUGCCGCCCGCUGUGCUAUGAGCAGUCAGAGCGCCGUCUCCACAAGAGUUUACAAAUGAAAAUGGAGGAAAUGUCUUUGUCUGGCCUGGAUAACAGCAAACUAGAGGCCAUAGCUCAGGAGAUAUACGCGGACCUGGUCGAGGAUUCUUGUUUGGGAUUCUGCUUCGAGGUACACCGGGCUGUCAAGUGUGGCUACUUCUUCCUGGACGACACGGACCCUGAUAGCAUGAAGGAUUUUGAGAUCGUGGACCAGCCGGGGUUGGACAUCUUUGGACAGGUUUUCAACCAGUGGAAGAGCAAGGAGUGUGUCUGCCCCAAUUGCAGCCGCAGUAUUGCUGCCUCCCGCUUCGCUCCCCACCUGGAGAAGUGCCUGGGAAUGGGCCGGAACAGCAGCCGCAUCGCCAACCGCCGGAUUGCCAAUAGCAACAAUAUGAACAAGUCCGAGAGUGACCAAGAGGAUAACGAUGACAUCAAUGAUAACGACUGGUCCUAUGGCUCAGAGAAGAAAGCCAAGAAGAGAAAAUCAGACAAGCUGUGGUAUCUCCCAUUCCAGAACCCCAAUUCCCCUCGAAGAUCCAAGUCUUUAAAACACAAAAAUGGGGAACUUAGCAAUUCGGAUCCUUUUAAGUAUAACAACUCAACUGGGAUCAGCUACGAGACUCUGGGGCCGGACGAGCUGCGUAACCUGCUCACCACGCAAUGUGGGGUGAUUUCUGAACACACCAAGAAGAUGUGCACAAGGUCCCUGCGCUGCCCCCAGCACACAGAUGAGCAGCGGCGAGCCGUGCGGAUUUAUUUCCUCGGACCCUCAGUCGUCCUUCCAGAGGUCGAGAGUUCCCUGGAUAAUGACAGCUUUGACAUGACUGACAGCCAGGCCCUGAUCAGCCGGCUUCAGUGGGACGGCUCCUCUGAUCUCUCACCCUCUGAUUCAGGCUCCUCCAAGACGAGUGAGAAUCAGGGAUGGGGUCUAGGUACCAACAGCUCUGAGUCACGGAAAACCAAGAAAAAGAAAUCCCAUCUGAGCCUGGUAGGGACUGCCUCCAGCCUAGGCUCCAACAAGAAGAAGAAGCCAAAGCCACCGGCACCCCCGACGCCCAGCAUCUACGAUGACAUCAACUGACUUGGGUGCAGGGAUAGCCUUUGGCUGAGCAGAGCCCUCUCUCCCAACCCCCACCCAGGUGGCAAAGCCUGGCAAAUGGACGGCUGCUGGGGGUUUGGGCUUGGGAAGCUUGGUGGGCCAGGCAGGCAGAGGAUCCAAUUAUGCACCCCUGGGGGGUGUCAGGGUCCUCUGCAAUGGAGCACGACCCCUUGGCAUGCAGGACUCAGACCUGGACAUAUUAUGCCUUGGACAUAAGUUUGGUGGGGAGGCGGUUUUCCUAUUUAUUCUGUGAGUUACUGGAUGUCCAGCUAGGCCAGGGGCCUGACCUGGGCACUGUGCCAGGGCACUGCCUGCCCCCCACCCCAGGAACUGGACUAAGCCCUGCCGAGAAGCAUCGUGGCUACCCGGGAGGCUGUGGGUUGGAAGCUGAGCCUGGAGGGGGCCUCCCCCAGCUGCCCUCAGCAAUGUGAAUGGGUCCGGUGCUUGGAGCUGAGGGGCAGGGCUGGGCGUGUCCUGUCUGUGUGCAGAAUCCUAUCACAUGCCCCCAAUCCCAGGGGUAGGCAGGCACAUCAAGCUGUCUGCUGAGGUGGGCGUCCAGAGCUGCCACCGCCUUCCCUGCCCCCCACAGGGGCAGCCCUUUCCCCUCAGUCCCCAUGGGCCUCCUUGGCAGCGGGAGCUGUCCUUUUGUUGUUGGGUGCCAGGAAAGGGCCUCCAGCCUCCACAGCUUCAAGGAAGGGGCUAAGGGAGGGUAGGAAGAGGGAGCUGUGUAUCAAAAUGACUCCCCUCCCCCUACCUUUCCUCCCUGACCCAGGGCUGGUGAGGAGUGGGGCCCCAAGGUGAGAGGGAACGGUGCUGCUUUAUUUGAAAUGUUUUCUUACCUCAUUCCCUGCCCCAGGAAGGGGCCCAGCCUCACCCUCCUGGGGUGGCCCCAUGUUCCUCCCGCCUACCCUGCCCCGCUGCCCUAGCAGGGCAGUCCAAGUUCCCAACUGCUGCUUGCUACCCCCCUCCUUCACCUUGACCAGCUUCAGUUCCUCUCUCGAUGCUCCUGCCUCUGAAGCCUGCCCUGUUUCCCCUUCCUUAGCCGCUUUUAAGUUAUUUAUUCUGUACUUGUGGUUUGGGGCUCUGAGGAAAAUCCUGAUCUUUUACCUCUCCCCCUUUGCUAGGAGUUGGGGUGGGAAGAGGCUAGUCUCUGUGCUCUGGGUUGUCAGUAGAGGGGUGUCGUGCCUAGGCAUUGCCCCUCUGUGGGACUAUCAUGCCAGUGUGCCCACCUGCCUGGUCUACAUCCCGAAGAGAUGUACUGUCCCACCUCCACGUGGGCACCAUCGCUCCCAGGAGCCGAGCUGGAGGACUAGUCUGGGCUAGGAGCAGAGCUGACUGACACAGGGAUGGAGUUGAGCCUGAGCCAUGUUCUCUGGCAUUUGCUGGAUGUGAACCCUGCCCUCUUCCCACGAGGAGCCAUCCCACAUUUGGGUAGCUAGUACCCAGGACUGGUUGGACUGAUUUGGGUUAGGGACCCUAGAGGGUUAAGGGAACAACGAGAGAUGGGGCUGCAGUACCCUGUCUGGAACCCCAAUCUCCCCCUGGGGUGGUUCGGAUUGUGGCUGAUGCCUGGUUACAAAUUGGUUUUUAACCCAAGAAUUGUGAUUAUUUUUUAAAAAGCCAAACAGAUUUUGGCAGGAGUUAGAAUAAAUCCUGGGGCCUGGGCUCCUCUGUUCUUGACCCUCCAAUGUCUUCUCCCUCUAAGGGGAAGCCAGAGGGAAAGGAGGAUUUCAGCCAGCCUCCAGCCUGCUUCCAAUGAAGUUUUGGGAGUGGGUUGAAGGUGAAGGGAGGAAGGCCAUGGGCCAUUCUCCCUUCCGAGAGGCAGCUGCAGCUCAGGCCCUACCAUACCCUUUCCCCUCUGGCCUCUCCCUUUCCCCCCCUCUGGUUAGAGGAGGGAGAAGUGGGAAGUAGUUUGGGAACUGGUUUGUCCACAUCCACUUCCCCAUUGUUCCUUGGCCCGCCCUCAGGGCAGAGCCCCCUGCCCAAGCUGGGUAAGAGAUGGGCUUGGUCCAGCAGGGACCCUGAGGGAGCAAACCCCUUUCCUUCUGGGGAGAGUGUGCCCCCCCUACCAUGUAGUUGAACAGGGGCUAGGAGCUCUCCACUCCCCUCCCUCGAACAGCAGGCUGUGUGGGUUUCAAUUCCCAUCCUUCCCACCCCGGCUAGGUGUCGUCCACCCUGUAUCCUAUCAUGUGUCUGAGUGUGUGUGGGGGGGUUCUGUACUAAUUUCCAUGGCCGGUGGCUUUUCCUUCCAUGCAUCACUCCCCCCCGCAUGCCCAGGGGCCACCCGCCUGGCAUUACCGCAUGCUGGGGUCAUUGGGGGAGGGGGGAGGGGCUCACGCUGUCCUGUGGUCUUGAGAUUUUUAUUUUUGCAUAUGUAAUCCAUCCUGUACAGGUAGCUAACUUUGUAAACGCUGUGUAUUUCCCCUGCCCCCAUGGCUGCUGGUGUAAAUAAACUGCAUCUCCCGUUGGUA